AUGGAAGAACUACUUGCGAAACACCGCAAGGAACAGCGAGACCUCCAGGCCAAGGUCACGCAGAAAAAGAAGAACGCGACCAAGAAGACCAGAAAGGGGGUGAACGACGAAUGUGAGAAACUCGAGCGAGAACUGGCAGAGAAGCAGCAAGCGGAGAUCCAGCAGCUCGAACCUGGAGAUCCGGAUGAACUAUUACAAGGCGCGGUGGAGGAUCUAAGCAUCGUUGACCAUGCCGUUGGAGAAGUCGUUCGCGGGCCAGAGCCUGAGCCAGAGCGAGUGAAACAGGGCGACAUCGCAGAACCAACGCCCGCGCCCACGUCCACGUCCACGCCCGCAGACCAGUCGCGACCUCGAAAACCAAACCGCCAAAAGGCAAGACUGGCACGUCGAGCAGCGGAGCAAGAGGCACAAGCCGCGGCCGCAGCUCUCGAGGCCGAGAACCUCCCCGACCUCCGCGAGCAAGAACUCUCCAGCAUGAAGCAACAGAUGAGCAAGCUGGGUCUCUCGGAAACUCUCAUCCGGCCUGACGGCCACUGUCUCUUCUCCGCCUGCGCACACAGCAUGCAUCCCGACCUCCUUGCAGCAAAAUCUGACCACACCAAAAAGGUGCCGUACCAGAAGGUCAGACACGCGGCGGCGGAGUUCAUGGCUCAACACCCCGACGAUUUUGGAGCGUUUAUGGAGGAGCCCUUGGACGCCUAUGUGAAAAAGAUUAGAGACACGGCAGAAUGGGGCGGCGAGUUGGAGUUGCAGGCCAUUGCGCGAUCAUACCAUGUGGACAUCAACGUGCUCCAAGCGGAUGGCCGGGUGGAAAGGAUCUCUGCUGGAUCAGAUACUCCGCACGACGGCUCAAGUGACACCAUCUGGCUUGCAUAUUACCGACACAGCUUUGGGCUCGGUGAGCAUUACAACGCAUUGAAGAAAGUGGACCAAAGCUGA